AGAGCUCCUAAAUCAUCCCGUGAAGCAGAAGCGAGGAGGAGAAUAAGAUUGCUUGGAUUGCCUUUUUUUUCUGGCGAGGAUGAAGAAAAAGAGUGCGGAUCUGGUGGUUGAUUUGCCCCGUGACCGCCCCUCGAUGGCAUGGCAGAUCUCCACCAUAGGCGGCGCGGCGGCCGACGGCGGGUGGAACAAGAGGAAGAAGCUGUCGAUGCAGGAGACGACAAGGGAGGCCAAGUGGGAGAAGCGGCGGCGGAUGCUGCUUGCCGUGGAGGAGCAGGAGGAGGAGGAGCAGCAGGCGGAAGAGGUGGAGGAGGAGGGAAGGAAGGUGAGGAGCCUAACGGACGAGGACCUGGACGAGCUGAAGGGGUGCAUCGAGCUAGGGUUUGGGUUCAGCGAGGAAGGGGGCGGCCACGACCUCCGCCACACGCUGCCUGCUCUCGACCUCUACUUCGCCGUCAACCGCCUACGGAACUAUUCGUUGAGCUCGGGUUCCACCUCCAGCGCCUCCACGCCGACCACGCUGAGCCCCCGGAGCGCCGACGGAAGCUCCACUUCAGGCGAAUCCUGGAAGAUUUGCAAUCCAGGGGACGAUCCGCAGCUUGUGAAGACGAGGCUGAGACACUGGGCGCAGGCCGUCGCUUGCUCCCUCCGCCAAAGCUGCUAAACCUUCUUCCAAUUGGCAUUCACGUCUCCAUUAUCAGCCACUGUAAACUCCAUCUCCUCCCCUCAUCGUCGUCAUCCAUCUUCGUGUCUCGCCUCCACUUUCUCUCGCUGUACAUUCAAGGAUCCAGCAAUGUCACUACUUUCUUUUUUUGAUCUA